GGUGACGAUUGACAGGCACGGCAGCAGGGUAAGCUUUAAACAAAAUACAAAUGUUGGUGCUCACUGUGAAUUGAGUGCGCUUGGUUAUUCUGAGAGAAAGACGUGACUACAGUACGGCAGAUGCAAUAUACAGGAACGUGACGAGUGCCUUCUUGUCACGUUCUUAGCGUAAGGAACUCCGAUUUGGCUCGAAGUGCAAGGGUGCUUGUCGAAUUUUAUUGAAACUGCAGUGUAGCAACCUCAGUUUGAAGUUGUAGAAGAAAUUCCGAGAUCUACAUCUAAAAAGCCUAGAAUUUAGCUACCAGAGUCACGGUCUAGCACAACCUCAUACUGCAACGUCUCGAUUGUUCCAAUUCAGGCUAUAGAGAGACUUCAGUCAGCGCUGUCUUCAGUGCAAAUUAGAGCAUCUAAGUCCUCUCGGUUACUGAGUGUUUGAAAAAGUGCACCCUUUUCAAAGGGAUGCAGUGCGCAUGUUCGAGCGUAAUCCUGCACCUUUAAGAAUUACCUUUCUUUAAGUAGAGUGGGUAAGCAAACAUACAUGGUCUUUACCUGGGUAGAUAUUUCUUCACUAGACACUUUUCACUAAUGGAGUUGUUUGAUAAUGUGGGAGGUGAUGGCACGUUUGUAACUCUUCUCUGUUGGUGUAGGUGAAGCUUUCGGUAUUUAUUGAAUAUGCAAAGGCUAUUGGUAUUUGGGCUGCUAUUUUUGUCUGCUUCUUUGUUAUUGCAACUCAAGGUUUUGCUGUUGGAUCCAGCAUUUGGCUGGCAAAAUGGAGUAGUAAAAUAGAGGCUCUUGAAAAAAAAAACUCAUCAUCCACAAAUCCAACAAGUUUUUAUCUUGGUGUUUAUGCUGCUCUUGGCCUUGGUCAAGGUAUCAUGGUCUUCUGCUCUUCUAUUUUAUUGGCUGUGGCAUCUGUCAGUGGAGCAAGGAUACUACACAAACGUUUACUACUCAACAUUCUUUGUUCACCGAUGUCAUUCUUUGACACCACUCCACUUGGACGUAUUGUUAACCGGUUUUCCAAGGACAUCUAUUUAAUAGAUGAGGCUAUUCCACGAUCUCUGCGAAUGUUUCUUUCUGUUUCCUUUUCUGUCAUCAGCACAAUUGUUGUCAUCAGCUAUUCAACCACCAUAUUCUUGGCUGUUGUUUUGCCACUUGGAAUAGUGUACUUCCUAACCCAGAGGUACUUUGUUGCUACUUCUCGUCAGUUGAGACGGUUAGAGUCGGUAAGUCGAUCACCAAUUUACUCACAUUUUCAAGAGAGUCUGAAUGGAACCAUGACAAUUCGAGCAUAUCAGCAAGAAGACCGCUUUAUUGCUGAAAGUGACAAGAAAGUUGACAUUAAUCAGUGUGCAUAUUACCCAAAUGUUGCAAGUAAUAGAUGGUUAGCAGUCCGUCUGGAAUUUGUUGGAAACAGUGUAGUUCUUUUUGCUGCUCUAUUUGCUGUAAUCGAAAGGGGACAUAUUGAUGGUGCUCUUGUUGGUCUCUCCAUCAGUUAUGCUCUUCAGAUUACUCAGGCAUUGAACUGGAUGGUACGAAUGUCAAGUGAAUUAGAAACAAACAUUGUGUCGGUGGAAAGGGUUAAAGAAUAUUCGGAGACACCAACAGAAGCACCUGCUAUUGUGAAUAGUCGACGCCCUGAUCCCAGAUGGCCUUUAGAGGGUCAGGUCAACUUUAACUCUUACAAUGUGAGAUAUCGUGAAGGGCUUGAUCUUGUCUUACGAAACAUCAGCUGUGAAAUUGCUGGUGGAGAAAAGAUUGGCAUUGUUGGUCGUACUGGAGCUGGCAAGUCAUCUCUUACUCUCGCCGUAUUUCGAAUUAUAGAGGCAGCUGGAGGCAGCAUUACUAUAGAUGGCCUUGACAUCUCAACUAUUGGUCUAGAGGAUUUGAGGUCACGGAUUACAAUUAUUCCGCAGGAUCCAGUUCUGUUUUCUGGAACAAUGAGGUUAAAUCUAGACCCAUUUGAGACGUACUCAGAUGAGAAUGUAUGGCACGCACUCGAGAGUGCCCACUUGAAGCAGCACAUGGAAACUUUAGAGUCUGGUCUUGAACAUGAAGUGGCUGAGGGUGGAGAAAAUCUUAGUGUUGGUCAACGGCAGCUUGUAUGUUUAGCCCGUGCCCUCCUUCGCAAGACUAAAAUCUUAGUAUUGGAUGAAGCUACUGCAGCUAUUGAUCUUGAGACUGAUGAUCUCAUCCAACAAACAAUUCGUAAAGAAUUUGCUGACUGUACAAUCCUUACUAUUGCCCACAGGCUCAACACAAUAAUGGACAGUGAUCGUGUGAUGGUAUUGGAUAAAGGUGUCAUUGUGGAAUUUGACUCUCCCACUAAACUUCUUGCUCACAGAGGAAUAUUCUUCUCAAUGGCACAGGAUGCUGGCUUGGCUUAACUUAACUCUGAACUGAGUGUUAUUGUCUGUUAUUCAUGUGUUCUUCACGCUUAAAUUUGCUUUAGUGGAUGUGUAACGUUAUCAUAUUUCUUUGCUGUUCCAUCACCAUGUUAUGAUGCUGCCCACAAAAUGCUUUAGUAAAUGAGACCAGGAUUUGC